AAAAGCCAAUGGGAUGAAGAGCUGAUAAUAGAUGCAAAUUAUCCCUGAAACCGACACACACACACACACACUCACACACACUCACACACAUACACACACACACCGGGAAGAGAGAGAGAAAGAGAGGGAGAGAGAGCGCGCGCGCGCGAGAGAGAGAGUCGGACAGAGAGAGAGAGAGAGAGAGAGAGAGAGAGAGAAAAUAUGAAACAACUCAUUUGCAGAGGAGUAAAUCACGGAAUACCCGUUUGAGAGCGCGACAGGGCUCCCGCUUGCAGCGCUAACACCGGAAUUGUGAUGCGCACGAGCCCUUCCUCCUCCUCCACUUCUCCCUCUUCUUCUUCUCCUUCCUCUUCUUUUUCUUCUUCUUCGCUGGAGGUUUUAUGGAAUCGGUGUGAUUGUUGUUAUUGUUGUUGUCGUCGCGGUGGUAGUGGCUGUUACUGCUCUGUGCGGCUGCCGUCGCCGUUACGCACACCACAGCCGCUCGUCUGUUGUGGCCGUGAAGGGGAAACACCACAACAACACCGGUCACCGACACCGGCGGCAGACCUCUCUCUCUCUCUCCCUCCCCUCCGUGCCUCCUCUCCGUGUGUCGGUGUCUUUCUGCCUCCAAACCGCACAGGAAAAAAGAGAAAACAAUUGAAAGCCGCGGCUCUCUUCUUCCAGUCUGACUCCUCCGCCGAGCACCAACACAAACUGAAACAACAAUAAAAACACAAAAGAUGAGUUCAUAUUUCGUCAACUCGCUCUUCUCCAAAUAUAAAAGCGGAGACUCGUUACGUCCGAACUACUACGAGUGCGGCUUCGCGCAGGACCUGGCCGGCAGCCGGCCCACCGUGGUGUACGGCCCGGGCUCCGGAGCCACCUUCCAGCACGCUCCGCAGAUCCAGGACUUCUACCACCACAGCGCCUCCACGCUGCCCAGCAACCCGUACCAGCAGAGCCCCUGCGCGGUCACAUGCCACGGCGAGCCGGGCAACUUCUACGGAUACGACGCCCUGCAGCGGCAGACGCUCUUCGGGGCCCAGGACGCGGAUCUGGUCCAGUACAGCGACUGUAAACUGGGGAGCGCUCCGGGGCUCGCCGGAGAGGACGCGGAGGGAACCGAGCAGAGCCCCUCGCCUACGCAGCUGUUUCCCUGGAUGAGGCCGCAAGCUGCAGGCAGGAGGCGAGGACGGCAGACCUACAGCCGCUACCAGACCCUGGAGCUCGAGAAGGAGUUCCUCUUCAACCCCUACCUGACCCGGAAACGCCGCAUCGAGGUGUCGCACGCGCUCGCUCUGACGGAGCGGCAGGUGAAGAUCUGGUUCCAGAACCGGAGGAUGAAGUGGAAGAAAGAAAACAACAAGGACAAGUUCCCGAGCAGCAAGAGCGAGCAGGAGGCGGUGGAGAGGGAGAGGAGGGAGAAGGAGCUGCGGGAUGGCAGCGGGAGCGCGGGAGGAGAGGGCGGAGGUGGAGAAGGAGAAGGUGGAGGAGGAGGAGGAGGAGGAGUAGGCCCGGUGGUGGUGGUGGCGGGCACGGCGGGCGCUCAGGCCUCCGUCAAUGAGGAUUGCUGCGAGAAAACCCACAAGCAAAUACUUCCUCUGCUGCUCCUGCCGGGUCUUCUUCUUCUUCGUGCGCCCUCGUGUCCAGCGGAUAUCACCUCCAUGGCCCUCUCCCUCCCUCCUCCUCCUCUUUCACCCCUUCCUCUUCUUCUUCUUCCUCACCGUUCUGUUUGUCUCUUUCGGGGCUGAACCGGAGCAGCGGGAGUAUCCAGUCCGGCGCGCAUCCUCUCAACUCCGCUGAUAAUGUGCGCACAUUCUCCGGGCCGCUGAGCUCAUCUCUGCAGGGAUGCGCCUCGGAGCGGUUCUCCGGUCGGCCUCAGCAGCUCUGCUCUCUGAC